CACUGAUGAUCAGUGUGCCCUGAUGAUUAGUGUAGCCCCAGCAGUGCCACCUGUCAGUGUCCAUCAGUGCCUACCAGUGCACAUCAAUGCCACAUAUCAAUGCCCAUCUGAGCUGCCUUUUAGUGUCACCCAUUAGUGCCAUCAGUGCCACCUAACAGUGCCAGUCAGUGCCACCUAUCAGUGCCAACUAUCAGUGCCAUAUAUGAGUGCUGCCUUUCAGUGCCCAUCAGUGAUGCCUGUCAAUGCCCAUCAGUGCCACCUACCAGUAGUGCCUCCUCAUCAGUGCCCAUCAGUGCCACCUAUCAGUGUCCGUCAGUGCAGCCUAUCAGUGCCCAUCACUGCAGCCUCAUUAGCGCACAUCAGU